AUGACAUAUUGGGAACACGAUGCACAAAAGCACGGCCGACAACUGCUGCAUGCAGCCUUAACGCGUACUGGCGGUGGUCUCCCAGUUAUCUCCCCCGAGGACACCACGAAUUGCAAGGUGCUGGAGGUAGCAGGCGAUGGUCAUUGCGCUCUGCACUGCAUCUACAGGCUGCUGCACCCCGAGCGAGAUAGCGUCUUCGGUGCACUAGCAAGCGAGAUAACACAGACCCGCAAAGAUGUCGCCCUGGAAAUGAUAGCUGCUGUUUUCUCUAAGGACUACGAGCAGCUAGUGGACAACACGGUGUCUGACGAGGAAAUGCUGAGACUUGGCAAGCUCGACUACGAGAGGGGUUUCUACCGAAAGCGCACCCCCUCCGCCGGCCGAGCUGCAAGAGCUGUAAGACGCAAGCCACUGAAGACUGUGCGAGAGGUGGUGGCGGGCAUCGAGGAUCAACUGGAGCACGAUUACUUGGCGGUAGGUCAGCUGGCGAUAGUAGCUGCGGUGAAACGUUGCAAUAUCGUGGUCUGGGAAGCAACAACUGGAGGUGGGCUUCGAAUCGUGGAAAUGGGCGACACCACGGGCUGUUUCGUUGGCGAUCUUUAUCGGGAUGAGUUUCUGCACCUGGUGUACAAUGACUUCGGGGGCUACAACGCAGCUAUGUAUGCUGCGGGGGGUGAUGACGAAGCGGAGUACGAACAGGAGCCUGAGGGGGACGACGACAUGAGUGACGGCGGUGGUGAGGGUAGUGAGGGCGAGUUUCCGGGGGACGCAGCAGACUACGACCAGGAUGUGUUCGUGAGUGGCAAUAGCCCUCAGCAGGUCAAGGCAAUGGUGGACAAGAUACAGGAGGCCUGGGGAAACGAGGCCCUGACUUUCAUCUUUGGGUUGGUGCAAAACACCAAGCAACUCGUGCAAGACCGCAACAAAAAGAAGAAGGCCAGGUCGGAGGUCGAGGAGGACGCUCCGGAAGGGGGCGACACAGGCGAGGAGCAGAAGGGAGACGAGGCCCUGGAUACCGCCGACGAGCACUCUUGGACAACCCGCGGCAUGAAGACAGAUGUAGAUUGGUCGGCGAGAUACGAUGGCGGCCUCAGCGGCGGUCAUGACGCCCGUAGUGGAGCGAAUGGGGGUGAGAGAGAGGGCACCGCAGAUGACGACAGGAGUCGUGCCGGAGCGGGGGGCGAUGCUGCGGGCUCGUUUGAGGGCGACGGUGAAGGGAGCGGCCGCGAUGGGAACGGCAACGGCGGUAAUGUUGGGAGCGGAAACGAUGGGAACGAUGACGGUGGUGAUGGAUUUGAUUUUGACGGUGAAGGCUCCUACCGAGGGGACGGGCACCAGUACUACGACUGCCACCGUAAAAGGGAGGGAGAGGGAGAAGAUGUAAGCUUCAAACCGUCGAAAAAGACAUUAGACGCGUUGCCUGCGUUCGACCCAGACAAGUUGGGCAGAUUUUCGGUGGACGAGCUAGGCGAACUUGCGUUCACCUUCUUCAGCAUCAUGUUUCCGGCCGCGGUGAUCCUACUCCUUGUCCGGAAGACAAACGAGUACUUCAACUUCUGUCGAAGCACCAAGAACCCUAAAGGACAGGAGCAGCGUCACCGCGACCAGAAAGCGAGGAAAGGUAAAUCCAGCUGGCCGAAGAAGGGCAUCACCAAGAGCAUGAUGCAGGGCGUCAUCAGCAUCAUCCUCACCAUCGGACUGGUCCAGUUGCCAGCGAUGCAUGACCACUGGAGCUGCCACUCCUUCCACGACUACAAGCUCGUGCGUGCUUGCCUCCCGCGCGACAUGUUCCUCCUGAUCUACGGCCGUUUCUUUCACAUGGCAAGCUCGGGCGCUCCUGAACGAUUGCAGGGCGGGACCACGGAGCCCGGUUGGGAUUCGCUACACCAUAUCCGGUAUGAAUUGUGCGGCUGGUUUGUGCAUGGAGAUUGAAGAUGCCUCUGUGCUAUUAAAAUGGGUAUUUUGCGCCCGGAUUGGAAUACGUAGCCGUGCCUUACGAAAUCUGCUUAGAUUUGUUCCCAACGACAACAACACAGAUGUCGAAGACAGGUGCUUGUCUUUCUGUCUUAAAUAAUCACGAAACCCCCGGCUUCAAGACGGACCCGAAAGGUCAUUUAUCACGACCACAAAAGCCCGACACGAUGUAACACUGGUAGCAAGUCAAGGGGAGAGAUGUAUGUUGUACGAGCUGCCGUCGAUACUGUUUCGCUUUUCCUG